AUCAACAUCUGCACGCGCGCGCUUCAUCUCUUCGACCCUUCGGCAAACAUCUCAGCAGUGAAACUAUAUAUGUGAUAUUUGAACAGCAUGGCAGCCCCCAGAACCCCUGCAGGGACAAGGCGAGCGUCUACAAAGCGUAGCCAAAGUCACCGUCCUCUGGUGGCACAGGAAUUAGCGAACCCAGAUGUAGGCAAGAAGCAGAGCAGGUCCAAACACACCAACGUGAAGAAAUUCUUCUCUGAAUCAUUUGACGAAGAAGUCUUAGCACACGACCCGCUUACGAAGAAGCGAGAACGAGCUCUGUUCAAGAAGCUCGUGUUGGAAACUCCAGAAGCAGCUGGAGCACUCCGAUUAUUAUUCCCGGAGUACGCCACCACGAUCGCAGCUCCGCAGAAGACAGCAAAGGUCGGCGGCCCACCGCGUCGCGCCGCAAGUAUUUCCCAUAAACCACCAGAACGAAGACCGGCUGCGAAGACAUGCUGCUUUGGUGUCUUCGGUUUGUUUCUUCUGGCUAUAUGCAUAAUCGUGACGUCUCUGCUUGCGGGUCAUUACACGGGAGCUACAAAUUUUCCUCCUUCAGAAGGUCCUGAUGCUCAUAAUGCUGAAGACGAGCAUGAACCACAUUUCACCUCCGCUGAUCCAGCUGAGUCAAACAAAACCGGAACAACCCGGCACCACGUCAACGAUAACCGCGACCUCUACAAGGCGGCCAACCACAGAGUCGUCUGCGUGUUUCAAGCACGAAGCCAGAAGCUCCGUGUCAUGGAAAGUAACUACAGCGUGACACGUUUUCCAUUUCAUUCCUGCCACCUGGCUGUCUACUGCUGCUUAGCCUUGGACGAGCGAUACAACCUCGAGCCCCGCGAUGCAGACGACACGGCCAUCCAUUCAUUCCGAUCUUCGGCCGCCACGCAGAAUCCAUCCGUGAAGACCAGCGCCAUUGUUGGUGGACGUCCUGAGGAUGAUCCGCUGCUUCUGGACGUGUUCAAAAACACGGACGCUCGCGUCAAUUUCACGAGGAACGUGAAGACGUGGGCAGAGACAUACAGAUUCAACGGCAUCCACUUGCAAUGGCCGUCAUCCAAUCCCAUCAUGGCAGACGGAUUCAUUGCUCAGUUUAACGUAACGAGCAAGGACCUGUCAGCGUCUAACAUCUUCCUGAGCCUGGUCGUAGAGCAACAACCAGGCACCCUCGACUUUGACGUCAGCCGGUUACUUCUUGGAUCGGACGCUCCCUUGUUGCUUGUCGCUCCUAGAUACGCAACUGGAGACACCGUAUCGAAACCUUUCUUGUACUACACGGACGAGAGCAUCGCCAGGCUGCAGUUAUUCGCCAGGAGAACAGGAAAAGUCGUCUACGACCGCGUCUGCGUCAUAUUGCCCGCUGCGGGACAUACAUUCCAACUGACACACGAGAACAGACGAGGAGGUUCCAGCCAAUUGGCAACCAACAGGAGACCAGAAGGACCAAUUACGAAGCAGGAGGGGCACUUGGCCUAUUACGAAAUCUGCAACCGUGUCGCAGACUGUAGACGCGACGACGAGAGAGCCUUUCUGGCGUCUGCAACGUGUGGCGCCACCUGGAUCAGUUACGUAACGUCAGAGAAAUUGCGAGAUUUCGUCUGCAACAUUUUGUUCCGAACCGGGAUUGGCUGUUACGGGAUAUGGGAUUCAGAUCGGGACGACUUUCCUGGGCUCUGCGGCCAAGGAGAUUUCCCGCUCGUUAGGGCGAUAUCCGAGAUGCCCCUCCAUAUCUGUCGCUAGAAAAUGUUUACAGCUGCGUACUAUAUAUGGUAAAUACUCGAAGGCAAUGUUCGCUUCUAAUAAAAACUAUUUUUACUCCCUA